AUGAAGUUCGGAAAGACUUUCGUCUCACACCAAAUCCCGGAGUGGUCUACCCACUACAUGGACUACAAGCACUUGAAAAAGAUCAUCAAGACUAUCGAUACUUUCAUAAAUUACCACUCGUUCUCGCCUCUUGAACUUCCCGAGUUGAUCUCCUCAGUAUUGUCCCAGUUCUUUUUCACCUUGGAUAGGGAUAUUGAAAAGGUCUCUGAUUUUUAUGACACUAAGUUCAAAGAGUAUUCCAGACGCAUGGAUCGCAUUACUCAUGUCUUAGGAUACACCAAUGGCGCCAUAACCGUUCAGGUUGAUACAACCGACGAGUUGGACGAGGUGGUGUCUAUUUUGUUGGAGUUAAGGACCAUCUACCGUAAUUUGAAAUGGUUCGGUGAACUCAAUCACAAGGGGUUCAUAAAGAUCUUGAAGAAGCUUGACAAGAAACUCCUCUACCUCACGGAAUUAGCUAACGACCAGCUCAAAAACGACUUGCCUGCGGGCUCCGAAAUUCCCCACGUUAAUUUGCCUAGCGACAACAAGGAGGCUUAUUUGACAACAAGAGUCGAGGCUUUGUCGUUCGCAAACGGGACUGAGCUCUUGGAGGGACUAAACACCAUCAACAACAUGCUCAACCAAUUGGGUGAUGAGCAAAUGCGCCAACAACUCGUCUCUAACAGUAUCAGUAAGACUGCUAGCGAGCUCAAUGUCUUAAAAAUCGGCCGCAACCGCAAAUAUUCUUUCGACAAGGACUCGUUGCAGAAAUACUACGAGCUCAUUCAGCAGAAUGACUCGGCCAAGCUCGUAGAUGAUUUAAGAUCCUUGCCUGAGGAUGAAGCGCUGGUGAAAUUGUUUCUCUCAUUGCUUAACAAGGCUACUUUGUCCAAUUCAGAAGCUUGCAUCGAUGCUUUGUUUGCUCUACUCGAACAAAAUUACCCCUCAACGCCUCUCACCGAUCCUUAUGACAUCAGCGGACGUAAUUUCUUUCACCAACAUGUCGUGUCUUUGGGCAAGAAGCAGGUCAGCAAGGAGAAGAAUCAGGUUAUUCCAGGCGAAUCGAUUGAGCUCAACCGUUUGUAUGGAAACAAGAGUGGUCCUGAUGGUAUCCAGCUUGCUCCUGUCCGUAUUGAUGGCCUUCUUCAUGUUCUCCGGAAGUUGGAAGGAAAGCCUGAAUUGCAGUGCUUGCUUAUGGCCAGAGACAACUACUUGCGUACUCCAUUGCACUACGCGGCACAGUAUGGUAUCAAGGAUGUCACAUUUGUCUUGCUCGAGCAUUUGUCUCGCUGGAAUUUGGUCAAUUUGAGGGUAGCUAUCGACGACGUUCACCUUUGGGGCGAUCAGGAAGGCCUCACGCCUUUGCAUCUCGCCGUCAUUGGAAAGCAUCCAAAAACAGCCAAGAAUUUGAUCCAAAUUUCACGUAACCGUCUCUCGUGUCCAAAUUUGCUUUUGUUGGCGGCUAGAUUGGGCUGUCAGGAAAUUGUUAAGGAUUUCCUCGAGCAAGGUAUCGUGGGCAUCAACUACACUGAUGAAGAGAAUAAUAACGAGACAGCUUUGUAUAUUGCUGCGAAGCUGAAUUUCUUGGAUUUGGUUUCGUUCUUAUUGAACCAGGGUGCUGAUCCUGAAUUAGGGGAAAGCGUUUUUGGUUGGACCCCAAUUUUCGUGGCGGCAGCUGAAGGAUACAAAGAAAUUGUCGCUAUACUCAUUGAUGCCAAGGCGCAAUUUGGUAUGGUUGAUGAUUCUGGCUGGCUCCCUAUGGAGCACGCAUCUUUGCGUGGUCAUUUGGAAGUUGCCGAUAUGUUAGCGCCCGAGAACACCGACUUGCUUUUGUAUAACAUUGACGACCCUUCAAAGAAUGCUCCUCGUGUUCCCAACCCCCUGUCCAGAACAACUUCGGCCACUACAUCUCCAUUCUUGAAUCCUACAAGUGAGGACAUGCUUCUUUCAACAUCUUCAAUCGACAAAUUGCCGGAGCAGAAUAGAAACGCAGUAAAUGAAGUUUACAGACAGUUCAAACAACUCGAUGGAUCGUCUUCCUCCAUCAAUGUUAUUCCAAAGGAGACCAAAGACGAUGAAGGAUUUGCCAUUCUGCCUAGAAACCGGUCAAGAUCACCAGUAAAUCGCAGAAAGAUGAAGCCAAUCAAGUCUUUUGGUCACAGAUAUUUGAAUAAGGAUGAGUCUCUUAUUCUUGUGACCUUGGGAACAACAGAUUUGCGUGACAUGCUGAAAGCAAUUGAUCUCAACAGAAUCUCCAUGUCUCAAAGCUUUUUCACUGAAUUAGACACUGCGCUUUCGCUUGUUGUUACAUGCCAAAACAGAUUCUCAAAUUUGCCUGUUGAGAGCCCGGUCAUAAUUGAUUUGCCCUUGGAAGAUCAACACGGAAGCGCCAUGGACCCUAUCAGCUUCAAGUUGAGUGGUGAUGCGAAAGCCGCAGAUUUCGUCGUCACCUUUGACAUUGUGCCUACGUAUCAAUAUCCAAUUGAUUCGCGCAUGCACACAGACGCCAAAAUUUUGGGUCGUGGUGUAGCCUUGCUUGACUCGGUUCACCCUAAUGUUGGAAACCAUAUGCGUUCUCUUCACAAUAGGAUUGCGGUUCCCAUCUUGAAGCAAGAUUCACUUGAAGUCAUGGGAAACAUCAAGUUUGAGUAUCUUCAUGUCACCCCUUUCACGCACCCUCAGAUGUCGUUAGCUCGCUCAGACACAUAUUGGAAACAAUUGGUGUCUACUCGUGUCAUUGGGCAUCGUGGUCUUGGUAAGAAUAUGAGUAACAAGAAUUCGUUGCAAUUGGGAGAAAACACAGUGGAGUCAUUCAUUGCAGCUGCAUCAUUGGGUGCUUGUUAUGUUGAGUUCGAUGUUCAAAUCACAAAGGACCAUGUUCCCGUGAUCUACCAUGACUUUUUGGUUGCCGAAACAGGCGGUGAUAUUCCGAUGCAUAUGUUGACUGCCGAGCAGUUCCUCAAUCUCUCGGACCAACAUAAUAGCUCUAAGCUCCAGAUGAACAGAAAUGGCAAUGUCAGCAAAAACUUUGCCGUGGACGAUGAGAUUUUGAGUAAGUAUAACAGGCCUCGGCUGAUGUCAUCAUAUCCAUCGGCUCCUAAUAUGUCGCUGGCGCUUGAGGAUGAAGAGCUCGAGAGAGAAUUUCAAGAUCAAAUCUCUCGCCGUAUGAAGCUCACCAAAACCUGGAAGGAGAAGGGAUUUAAAGGAAACGCCCGUGGCCUUUCAAUUGCAUCCAACUUCGUAACUUUGAAGGAAUUGUUCAAGAGACUUCCAAAGAAUGUGGGCUUUAACAUAGAGAUCAAGUACCCUAUGCUUGACGAAGCACAGAAGGAAGACAUGGGUGAUAUUGCCUUUGAUAUGAAUUUCUACAUUGACACAAUUCUUAAGGUGAUCUAUGAUGAGAAUGUGUCUGGCCGCGAUAUCCUCUUCUCGUCUUUCCAUCCAGAUAUUUGUCUGAUCUUGUCUUUGAAGCAGCCCACUAUGCCCAUUUUGUUUUUGACCGAAGCCGGAACAACAUUGAUGGCAGACAUACGUGCGUCUUCCCUUCAGAAUGCCAUUCGUUUUGCUAAGAAAUGGAAUUUGCUUGGUCUUGUCAGCGCUGCAGCCACUCUCGUAAAGACGCCUCGUCUUGCGCUGGUCGUCAAGAGUUCUGGGUUGGUCUGUGUUACCUACGGUGUGCAAAAUAACGAUCCGGAGUCUUGUAUGAUACAAAUGAGGGCUGGUGUGGAUGCUGUCAUUGCAGACUCUGUGUUGGCGGUAAGAGAGGGACUACGUGUUGAGGAAAGCAAAGAGAAGCGAGCUCACUUAGUCUAG